AUUGAUUGCCGUUCGUUUUCACCAACCUCCCAACAUCUGACGCAGAGAUAGGAGCAAAAAAAAGAGAAAAAUUCUGGUUGCGUUUCAGGCUCCUGAAAAAGCCUGGUUUCACAUAUUUUUGAGGAGUGGGUGAAGUCACCAAUUGGUGCCGAUUUUCAGGAGUAUUUUGUAAACACCCUGUAAGAGGGGUUAUCGUCUUGUAUCGAAAGAGAAGACGUUUAUCAAGUGAAGUUAUCAACAUGUUGUCGACUACCGUCAAGGUGCUGUGGUCAGUAAUGCUUAUGCAGCUUUACGUUCAUAAUGGAGAGGCUGGUGAUGUUAGCAUCGCGGCACUAUUUGGAGCUGCAUCUGAAGAUCUCAAGGUUGUUAUAGAUGAUGGAGUGCGUUACAUUCAGAGAAAUACCUCAUUUCUCUCUGAAGUACACACCAUCUCAUUCACUGGUGCUGAGCAGUUUAAACCUUCAAACUCUGUCUACUCGGCAUUGGAAGAGAUUUGUAGUUUAAUCUCUGGUGAGAUUCCUUCUGCAAUGAUCCUAUCUGAGGAUAAAUGCCCAGAAUGUGAAGAUAUUGCUGGUAUAGCAAGCCACGCCUCCAACCCGGUAUUCUCUGUAGAUCAUGGGUCUUAUGAUUCUGGCUCCUUGGCUUUCAAGAUGCACCCUUCUCCUGAAGACACUAACUCCUUCUUUGUUGACAUCCUCACUUACUUCCAGUGGAGGAACUUCAUCAUCAUUCAUGACGGUGGAAAUGCUCUUGAAUUUCUUCAGGAAGUGUUGAGCAUUCAGAAAGAGCGAGAGUGGAAUAUCACGGCCAUUGAGCUAGCCAGCAGCAAUCACCAAAGCUUCUUAGAUGUCUCAGUUAGAAUUAGAGCUGAAUCAACCAAGAACCUAUUCGUAUUCUGUUCUGCAGAGACCACCGCUAAAGCUUUCUUGGUUUGGGCCCAGCAAACUCCAAGUGCGAAUAUUCUGACUGCUAACUACCAUUGGGUUUUGGGAAACAUUGACAUGUCACUGGAUAGAACCUUUAAAACCGAUCUUGAGAGAACCAAUGCCUACAUCACUCGAUUCGGUAUGAAUUACACUCGAGAGAUUCAGUUUGCACUUCCUACAUCAAUCACGACGUCAACCAAUGAGUGGCCAAUGAGAGACCGUCUUGCGUUUGAUGCAGUCAUCUCUGUUGGACAUGCUCUAAGGAUGUAUCGUGAAUGGGAAGAAUCUCAAGGUUCUUCAGGAACGGCAGUUCUUCCUGGGGAUACACAGAUGCCCCCCUGUCCUACAGCAUCUGCUGUGCCAACUCAGAACACACUCACAACGUAUCUAAGACGGGUUGCGUUCGAAGGCAUUUCUGGUAAUGUUGAGUUUGAUGAUGUUGGUAAUCGUGUCAACUACACCAUUUCAAUUUACAGUGGCCAGUUCAAGACUUUGGAUCAAAUGAGAGGUGAGUGGACUCAGAAUCCUGCAUACUGGGAGAAGAAAUGGAAGAGGAAGUGGGAGAGUGACGGUCAUCUUAAUGUCACUUAUCACAACUAUGCUGCAGAGAGGACUGUCAAAAUCGUCACCAUUGAGGCUGAACCGUUCUUGAAGGCUAGGAUUGCCAACAGCACCUUCACUGAAACUGGAAGCUGGGUAGGAAACAAUCGCUAUGAAGGUUACAUCAUCGAUCUUUUGGAGAGAAUUAAGACUCAUGUCAAGGGGAUUGAUUUUGACUACCAGAUCGAGCUUGUUUCAGACAAUAAGUUUGGAAGCCAACAUCCAUACAGCCACAUCUGGGAUGGAAUGGUUGGUGAUGUCAUUCGAAAGAAAGCUGAUGUAGCAGCUGGUCCGCUGACUGUGACUCCAGAUCGAGCUCAAGCUGUUGAUUUCACCUACCCCUUCAUGAGUAGUGGUAUCACCGUGAUGAUGAAACACCCAGAGAGCGUUCAGCACAACCCCUUCCGUAUCAUGUACCCCUUAGGUAUUGAGGUAUGGAUCGUCAAUCUAGUGGCUUUCUUUAUCAUUAGUGCCAUGCUGUACUUCUUCAACUACUUUGACCCCUAUGAGUGGCGUGCUGCUGCCGAGCGACAGGAAACCUUCGAGGAGAAUGCAGACAACUUCAGCAUGAAGAAUUCAAUGUGGUUUGCGACUACCUCUAUGUUUCUGCAGAGUUUUGAUGCUUCUCCUCGGUCCAAUGCUGGUCGUACUCUAGCAGCUUUCUGGUGGGUAUUUGUCAUCAUCAUGGUCUUCCUCUAUCUUCUUAACCUGACCCACUUUGUGACCAGUAAUAAGAGGCUCGUCUACGCUACCACUGCUGAGGGUCUCCUCGACCAGACAGAGGUGGCUUUUGGCUCCAUCGAGAAGGGAUCCACCUAUUACUUCUUCAAGAAGUCUAGUGUACCAGAGUACCAGCGUCUUUGGCAGCACAUGAAUACCCGCAUUCCAUCACCCUGGGUCGCGAACAUCAAGGAAGGGAUAGAGAAAGUACGUGAUUCUAACGGUUACUACGCAUUCAUUGGUGAGGCUGCUGAAAUGAACUUUAAAGCCAGCAAGAAGCCGUGUGAUCUUCUAGUGGCCGGUACCUUCAUUGCCCGUACUACAUAUGCUCUAGCUGUUCAGAAGGAUUCUCCUCUUAAAGAUCAGCUGUCAAGUGCUAUUGAGUCUCUCAGAGAUACAGGAGUCUUGGAAGAUCUGGAACGUGAAUGGUGGAAUCUGGAUAGGUAUCCCCUAGAAUGUCGUAAUUUGACCACCUGGGAGAAACAAGGCGUGUUCUCCUUGACCGCUGUGGACCUCCAGGGUGUCUACUACAUCCUCCUGAUGGGUAUUGUUAUCGCCGUAGUUACCUUUGCCAUAGAGUCUUUCUUUAGUUGCGGGGGAGGAAACAAAAAGAGCAGCAGCCGUAAUGGAAUGGGAGGUGGUCAACGCAUGGGUGGUGGGCAACCCAUAGGUGGUGGACAACCAAUCGGUGGGGGUGCCGGUGGUGGAGGGGGAGAUGAAAAGAUGUGGAUCUAAAAUAAAAACUGAGAAUUUUUUUCUAAGGUUUGGGACAAUUUCUUUUUCACAAAAGGACAGUAUUUUUGGUUCUAAGUUCCUGUCAAAUACAUGUGGCUUUGUCCAGUGGCAAAAUAAUAAAUCUCUUUUAUUCUAGGAUAAUUCACAUGUACCAUUAGGUUUCUGGGUGAUAUCUGAGAAUCAAGUUGAAAACAAUAAUAUUUUUGUUGAGAUUGUAAAGUAAAAAUUGUUGUACUGUGGUGGGAAAUAUAUAUUCAAUGAUUCGUUUUCCUAGUUCAACUUUUGAUUCAUAUUUCACAACAUUCUAAAGCUACAGAUUGGCCUGUUAUUUUAGAUCUUGUAAUCGCAUGUCUUAUAAAGACAGCGUAGUUUUCCUGGCUGAAAAAGGUGAUUAUCAAAAUGAAUUUGAACAGAAAUACGCCUAUUUAUAUUUGGUGCGACUGUUUGAAAAUUUUGUAUUUUGUUUAUAGAUCAACAACACUUUGUACAAAAAAAAGGUCUGUUGUCAGUGUAAAUAUUCUUACGCCCUUUAAGAAGUUGAUGUAAUUGUUUUUGCAAGUUAAUCAAUAUGAUGUUUGCAUAAGGGAUAGAUGUUUUAACUUCAGUUUUCGCUGUUUUGUACUGGAAAGACUAGAUUUCUGCAUUCCAUUUUAAUAGUCUUCAACUGUAACUGGUCAGAUUAGAUAUGCCAAAAGCAUUAAAGGUGAAGUUUCUAUUGAGACUUGCCUUUAGUAAUUUUAUUGUUCUUUUCGUUCUUUUCAUAAUUAUUAUUCUUAUUUGUUUUACUUUUAUGUAUUUUUCUUCUUGAUCUUCUCAAUUUAACUUUAAGUUUCAUGCAUAUGAUUAAUUGAAUGUUUGUGUAUUAUUUGUUGGUCUGUCGAGGAGGAACUGUAGUGACAGUUUAUUUCAUCUAAGUCAAUAAUUAAGAAAGUUUUAAGUUCUUCUAAUUAACCAUUCUCAUUACUUACACAAGUACCAGCGAUUUAGCUCCAUUUGUAGAUAAGCAUUUUUUAUGAAGUGUGUAUAAAUUUCUGGUUUGUUCAAAGAUGUUGUUUUUGUCAGUAACAUUUCAUAAAUAAAAUAUUCUAAUCUUA